AUGGACAAGCUGCCCGACAUCCAGCAGCAGCUCUCGCGCAUAGCAGCCGACGUCGCCGAGCACUCGCAGCUCGACAGUGUUGCGCCCUCUCCUGCAGCAGAGAUGACCCCCGUCCUCAUCCACAUUGAGCAGCUUCUAGACGAGAUCCGCGCUUCCACUCGCGCAAUUGUCGCGAAAGCCUCACGACAGGGACGUCCCGAGCCGCGACCAACUAAACGACGACGGACCGACGAUUUCCGCGUAAAACUCGAGUCGGAGGAUGUGGUUGACUACGAGUCCGAGACCGAGACGGAGGAUGAAGCAGCUGCCGAUCAAACUGGAGAUGCAGAAGAAAUGGACGAAGGAGAAAAAGAAGAAGGAGAAGAAGAAGAAGGAGAAGAAGAAGAAGAACACGAUGAUGAUGACGAUACCGGUGAUGCUGGAGGCCUGGCCGGCUCUAAGUUGCAGGAGGGAAAAAGUGAGGAGCAUGGCGAUGAGUUUGAGGAAAAACCUCAUAAGCGGAUGCUGGACCCUGAGGCGGCUGCUGCGCUGGAGAAGCAGCUCAGGAAGAGCGUGAAGAGUUAUCUUGCUAUCACAAGAAAAGUUGCUGACGUAGACGAGAAGACGGAUUUAAAUCGAGCUGAACAAGUCAUGGCUAUCGUUGGUCGCUGGAGUGGUGCGUCAAUGAUCCAACUUUUGAAGCUCCUCAGAGGAGGCGGCGUUCCAAGUGUAGAAGUUGCCACUGAUUUUUGUGACGCUACAGUGCUGCUGCCGUCUACAAUCGCAGUCCAUCGUUCACAACAAGGUAUGAACCAGAAAUGGUUUUCCCUUACGAUGAAGAGGAUCCAGCAAAUUUCUGCCUUGGCGAAAGCCAAUUGUGAUAUUCCCAAGUGUUUGUCGGACGCGAAGUUGGAUGUCACGCGAGAGCGCCUUCAAGAGCACUCGACUAACACCAAAACAGAUUUUCUUCGCCAGAUGGAGGUGUACAUUGAACGAAUGAAGUCUCAAGACGGUGUGUUGGAGCCUGAUCGGGUUGAAAAGCGUGUGGGGAAGCUUGCAAGUUUGUUUCACCAUGACUUUAAGCUGUGCUCUAAGCGUAAGACGCCUCCGCGGACUGAGGAGAACUGGAGACGUUUUGCUCAAAUUGGUGAAGUACUGGCGGAAUGGAUCCUCGUGGGUGAGCGAGCAACAUCAGGACCGAACCUACCGGCGCAUUUAGAAAGCUUCGAGAGACAGUUACGCGGCUUUGCGAAAAAGAAUCCUGGUCGGGUUCCCGCUUCACUACUCCAGUAA